AGCAGCUCUCCAACGGCCGAGCGAGGCGAUCGGCCCACACCAGGAAAUGACCAUAAUACCCUUACCCCAACCUCUUGUCUCUUUAUAAAACCCGUUCUUUUCCGAGGGCAAGAAGGGCAAGAUGGUCCUGCCAUUGGUGAAGCUCGGGACGCUCGCACUGAAGACGGCCUGCAAACCCAUCGCGUCGAGGUUGAAGAAGGAAGCGGGUCGGCAUCCCAGGUUCCGAAAUUUCAUCGUCAACAUCGCUCAGGCUAAUCAUCGCAUCACCACUACCAUACAAAGACGCAUUUACGGGCAUGCAACCAAUGUAGAGAUACGGCCUUUAAACGAGGAAAAAGCUGUUCAAGCUGCUUCAGAACUCAUUGGAGAGCUUUUUGUUUUUUCGGUUGCAACAAUCGCACUGAUUUAUGAGGUGCAGAGAAGUGCUAAAUCAGAAGCUAAAAAGGAAGAAGCCCGCAGGCAAGAACUUGAGGCUAUGAAGCGAAAGGAAGCUGAUCUAGAACAAGAGUUGGAGACACUGAAAAAGAAGCUAGAGGAAAUAGAACAACUUGCCAGAGGGCGAGGACUUUCGGGUAUUCUUAACAUCAGGCACGGCAAUGGCAGCAAGAACCCAACACCUGCUUGAUGAAGUCAUAGCUGUGACAAAUUCAAAAGCAAAUGAUAUUCGAAAAUUUGAUGUAAAUGAAUCGAGUCUUUUGCUGUUUCUGUACUUUACCUGCCAUUUCCAAUGCAUAUUGCUGCUGAGUUUUUGUAGCAGAAAUUCACUUUUGGGUUCACUUUGAACCUAAGCCAUUUUUGAAUGAUGAAUAAAUGGUUAUCUUCAAGAUGAUCAUGACAUUUUGUAUGGUGAAGUCAAACUUACAGUUUGUAUAAAAAAAACUAUGGCCUUUGCUGUUUUGGAUUUGA